GCAUUUUUACAUCCUAAACAUAGGCUACCAAGACUAUUUGCAUAAUGCACUUAUAAAUGGCCUGGAUGAGCCUGGCAGGUCAGAGCAGAGGACAAUUUGACAUGUAAAGCACUAUACCCAUACAAUCACUGGCUGCAACAGAACCCGGUAAAACUACUGUUAAGGUACCCAGCAUCUUAGUGAGCAGAAUUGGCCCAGUACCAGAAGAAAUAUGGCACUCAGCUGGGAAUCCCUGGCAGAUAUAAACAACAGCAGCAUACUGCCCUAGCUGCCACAACACACAGCUGUCUCAGAACACUACUACGAAUUACUACUGUGUGAUGUAGCAGCAGGUUCAGGGCGCCAUAGUAAGCCAAGGUUAUUCACCAGUACAGAAGCAACUCUAGAUUCUGGUACAUUAUACUACUGGCUGGAGAACUGUCUAUAACUCCUAUACACAUUUCUCCUGGCACCUGUGCUACCGAGCAGUUACACAUCUAAAAGAUACCACUGUGGCAACACUACACUUUCUUUGAAUCCACAACUGGCUGAGACUGGAGAAAAGAUAAUUUGCAGGUAGACAAACCAUGGCUCACUACAACACUGUCACAGGAGUGAUCAUCAUGCUGAUAACCUUGUCCCUUUGCUGUACCUCAAUUCAUGGAAAAAAUUACAAAUACAGCAGCAGUUGCUAUGACAGUUCUGUGAAGACUCUGACAAUGAAGUGUGGGCAGAACGAGAUGUUGAGAAUCGCCCGCGCCUUUUAUGGCUACAGUCCCGCUGGCAGGUGCAGCUUCAGUCCUGGAGACUGCACCUUUGAUGAACAUCAUAAUUACGCCUGUGUGGGUCGCCAGAACUGUGCCAUCAAUAUGCCCGGGGGUCUGGGCAGACCUGUCCCCAAAUGUAAACAUCCAAAUCCACAGAGCAACUAUUUCCAAGUGGAAUACGAAUGUGUACCAGUGGAGCAAACCAUCAACAUCUGUCAAGUUUCUGAAGCGACAGCCCAAAGUGGUUACAUCUCCUCUCCUAGCUAUCCCCUCAACUACAACAAGCCCCACCAGUGUCAGAUCAGCAUUGACCUCCGCACCAAACAGAAGGUCAGGCUAGUCAUAGUUGACAUGAACCUCCACGAGAACGACUCCGGCAAAGGCUGUACCGACUAUCUGUACAUCCGCAACGAACUCCGCAGUGUCACCGUGUGUGGUCAAAGAGGCUCUGAAGAAUUAUUUGACUCUUCCGGAAAAAUUGACAUCCAAUUUGCAGCAGAGGCAGGGGGAGACAACAAGGGCUUCUGGCUGUACUAUGAAGCUUAUCCUCAAAUUGAUGAAACAACCACAACAACAACAACAGUAAAAACAACAACUCUGAAAAACCUGAUAGAGAAACUCACAGAGAAAACCUCCGUGGAAAACCCUAUCAAAGAGACGGAGGUGAAAAUUGAGCAUGAGGAGAGCCAAGGGUCAAGCACACUGACCCAAAGGCAGCAAACGGAGACCAGUCAAACCACUGACGAAGUGCCCUUUGCAGCCAUUGUUGGUGGAGUCAUCGGAUCUCUCUGCUUCAUCCUCACAGUUCUCUUGAUUCUCCUAGUACUACAGAGACUAAAGGAGAAGCGCGAUUUAGAAAAGAAGAAGCACUUGCCGUUUUUGGAUGUACGGAACCAAGCAUUCCAGUCUAACAGCGAACUCUGUCCACAAGACAGUAACUAUUGUUGAUUGCUUUGAGUGUAGCUGUCACUCAUCAAUUGCUCAAAUAGUGCUCUAACAAUUCGCCAUGUUUCAAGCUCACCAGAAGACUUCCAAGAGGAGCCGUUCUUCACGCGGGUGUGUCUUACUGUGCCAUACAAAGAUUAGUCAGAUGCGCCUCCUCAGCGAGCAGAGGUAGCUGUACCGGUGUUGCCAGCAUGAAUACACAAACCUUCUUCUCUGUGAGAUGUCCAGACAUUGAGAUAAACUUGGAAAUGCUUCCUCACAACAACUACUGCUGACAUUCAACAUCAAGGACAGAUAACUUCAGUGCAACAGUGCAACCAGUUAUCUCCCAUCCAAGAGAGAUCUAAUCUUCUUAAAGACAAUUUUCCCUGGUGUAAAUUCUAGUCAGAAUCACUAACUCAUGUGUACAUAGUAAUUUAUAUGCCCCUAACCCCUGACCCCUUUCCCAAGCAGAUGGUACAUGUACAUGUAAAAAAAACUGGACAUAGUGUACACAUACCAGGCUGUGGUUCCUGUUGACUGAACUGUGAUAUGAUUUAUACAGACAUGUAUAAAAUCUGUCCCUAUGCAUUCCAGUUUAGAUUAAUAUAUUACUACAUAGUGUGUGUGUAUAUAUAGUGUGUGAGUGACAGGGUUCAGAGGAACUCUAAUAUAGGUUUGAAUGUGAUUGGUCAAAUACUUGCUUAUUUAGCAUAAUAUAUGUAUUUGCAAGUGCACAAUUGUACAUACACUGUGAAUAAUACUACAUCCAGUGACAAAGCAAAUCAAACUUCUAAAGUCUUAUCUCACACUUUAUCUCUAAUUACACAGACUUUGAUCACACCUAUCAAUCUAAAACAUGCUUGCCUAUUCACAUGUCUAUUACUUUUGCAAAACACUGAAAAGUGUAUGUAUAUUUAUAUAAAACCAUUAUUUAUUUGAUGUAAAUAGAGAAGUGUCAUAAUAUAUAAAAUGCAAGUACCCAUAUUAAAACUGGACAAAGUUUUUCAAUGAACAU